AUGCACUCUCAAUCACCAGCUGCAAAGAAGGCAGUCGUCGUAGGCGCAGGCCCCGUCGGCGCUCUCGCAGCUUUAGCGCUCGCCAAGCGUGGGUGGGCCGUCGAACUAUAUGAAGGCCGUCCAGAUAUGCGGCUCGCUUCCUCCAAGGCUGCGGUCGGUCAGCGGUCCAUCAACCUAGCCAUCUCCCAUCGCGGCAUCGCAGCAUUAGAGGCUGUCGAGCCCGCCGCCGCACAUCGCUUCCUACAGUCCGCCAUCCCCAUGCGCGGUCGCAUGAUUCAUAAAUUAUCUGGCGAACUAGACAGUCAGCUCUAUGACAGAGAUGGACAGUGUAUAAAUUCCAUCGACAGGGCACUCCUGAAUGAAGGGUUGCUUGAUCAAGUUUCUCAGACUCCCACUAUUCGUACCUUUUUUAAUCAUAAAGUCACCGCGGUCGACUUUGAUAAUGGGUCCAUGUCCGUUCACGAUACCUUAGCCAACAAGGAUCGCACCGUCUCUUUCGAUUUUUGCAUUGGAUCGGACGGUAGCUAUUCUGUAAUUCGACGACAGAUGAUGCGAGUGGUUAGAAUGAAUUAUCAACAAGAGUACAUCAGGGACGAAUAUCUUGAAUUGAAAAUGCCGGCAGGCCGGGACGUUAAUGGCGAAUCCACAUUUCUGCUUGAUCCUAAUCAUCUUCACAUAUGGCCCCGCCACUCUUUCAUGCUAAUAGCCCUCCCAAACAAAGAUAAAACAUUUACAUGCACUUUAUUUGCACCGACCGCCGAGCUUGAUCGCCUCUGUACCCCCGAGAGUAUUCUGGCUUGGUUCAAGUCCUAUUUCCCUGACGCGACCCACCUUAUUGGCGAAAAAUCAUUGGUGGAAGACUUCAAGCGGAAUCCCAGAAGUCCACUGAUUUGUACAAAGGCAAACCCAUACCAUUACAAAGAUCGAGCCAUUAUCUUGGGAGAUGCAGCCCACUCCAUGGUGCCAUUCUAUGGCCAAGGUCUAAAUGCAGGCCUAGAGGAUGUGCGAAUUCUUUCGACGCUGCUAGAUGAAGAAGGCGUUUCUUCGACACCUUCGAUCUCUGAUGACAAGAAUGGUCAAGAUCGACGUUUAGCCAAUGCCCUUCAACGUUACACAGACACUAGACACGAGGAUCUCAUCGCUAUAUCGGAUCUUGCUAUGAAUAAUUAUGUCGAGAUGCGACAUUCCGUUACACAGCUGAGCUACCUGUUCAGGAAGACUUUGGACAACCUUUUAUACUCUCUGACGUCGCCUCAAAUGAUGUCGCUGUCGUCUUUGAUCCCAACAUUAUCCAGCCUUCCUUACCCACCUGGUAAACCUAAAGGUUGGCUUCCAUUGUACACUAUGGUCACAUUCCGACCGGAUAUCAAUUACGCUACUGUAAAGAAAAAGGCAGCACGCCAGUCGACCAUUCUGACUGGGCUAAGUCGGAUAGGAGUAGUUGUCUUUGGGGCUGCGGGAGCGUGGUUAAUGUGGGCUACAGCGGACAUGGUGCUGAAUUUAUUGGGACAAAAGUAA